CUCUUCUCCUCACAGCUCACAGAGCUCAUGAAGUUCAGCUCUUAUCAUCGCCUAUAUGUCCAGUGAUCUUUUUGUCUUAUCUGUUUAUUAUAGGAAUUUCAUUCCGCCUGGAGAUGUGACCUCGUGAACGCGAUUUUGUGGGUUGUUUGUGGUUAAGUUCGCUGGAUGCGUUGGACAAGUGCCCUGUGUUCUGUAGAUACCAUAAUUUUGUUGAUGGAGAGGAUUUCGAAUGACAGCCGGCACAGUGGUCAUCACAGGUGGAAUUCUAGCUGCCGUCAUCUUGCUAACUAUUGUCACAGUUCUGUGUUACUGUAGGCUGCAGUAUUACUGCUGCAAAAGAGACGAGUCGGAGGAGGGGGAGGAGGAGGCUGACGUUGCCAAAGCAUCGCCGAAUCCACCAUGCCAAAUGAGUCCACCUGAGAGUCCGCUGAGUCUUCAACAUUUCCCUGAAUACGCGUCGUCCAAUCAGCUGCUGAUGACUGCAGAGCCCUUCGAGCCCAACGGACCAGUCAGCUAUCCUCAAUACGUCGCUCGCACACCCUACAGGCCGCCCCGCUCGUACACUUUCUGCCCGUCCUGCUCUGGGUAUCUGCCGCUCUACGUGAGCCCACAGGAGGGGCUGCGUAACGGAGGUGGCAGGAUCAGCUACAGGACUCUGCAGCAGGAGGAAUUAGACCUGCCAAUGGAGACGCCCAGCUUCCACAAACUCAACCUCAUCCGCUCGGUCACCAUGCAGGAAGUGCUGACUCAUCACAGCAUCAGUACAGAUGUGUAGCACCUCGUAUUCACCUGAAGUAUUGUGUGAUUCACAUUCGUUAUGCUGCUUUCUUUACCCAAUUCUUCAUUAUAUUCAAUACAUCAACUUAAUUCAUUCAUUUAUUCUAUCAGAAAGAUAGUCAUGCACCAGUGUUAUUUUACUGAUAUUUAGACACUAUUAUAAUAUAAUAUUUUUAUAUUUUGCACUUUCAUUUCAUUUUAGCUAAAGUUUUAGUAAUUUUGUUGUGUUUUUGUCCUUUUUUUUCCUUUCUAUUUCUAUUUCCUUUAACCCUAGAACAUACAAAAUGCAAACCACAAUUCAAAAUACAUAUGAAACACCAGUGAAAAAUCAAUGUGGAAAAUUCCUUAAUAUUACACAGUACAUGGUGCCGUAUUUAUACAAACUUUUCUGACAGUGUGUAAUAAAAAUAUUUGCUUUAUUAUAUGUGUUAAUAUUAAAAAUGUAACUAAUAGGGCUUUUUAAGGGCAUGAGAAUGAGUACAAUUUUGAUAUUUCACAUUCUUUUGUCUGUCACAGAUAUUUACUGCUGUAGUGAAAAAAAUAGAUGAUUAAAAGACAUUGGUAUGAUGCAGUGAUGUGGAUGUGUGGUACAUUUAAUUUGUGAAAUUAUUAUACCACCUGCAGUCAUAGUUUUACAUGUAGGAUUGUGAUUUUGUGUUUGUGUAAUCUAUUUAAUUGACUGAUUUUAUAAUUCUCUGCAUUCUCAUAUUUGUGUGUAGUGCCACGCAGUUUGCAUUGAUUUUGAUCCAAAAUAGCUCACCAGAAUAAUUAUGUUUUUGUCUUUUAUCUUUUCGUUUGUUGAUAAAUGCAAGAUUUGUUGCAAAUUGACAUUUUCUGUGUGGAUUUAAUGACCAAGUUUCAAGUUAUGAUGUGAUGAAUGAACAUAUUUAAGGGCACGUGCUGUUUGCUGGCCAGCAGGUGGCAUCAGUUCUUGUGCAGAA